CCCCGCACGCAGAGGGCCGGGCCGGGCCGGGCCGGGCGGCGGGAGCGGGGAGAAGAGGAGCGGAGCGGAGCGGAGCGGGCGGUGUGGCCGUCGCCAUGGUGGCGGUGGUGGUGAUGGGUGUGAGCGGCUCGGGGAAGACCACGGUUGGGUCGCGGCUGGCGGCGAAGCUGGGAUGGAAAUUCUACGAUGCGGACGAUUAUCAUUCUCCAGAGAAUAAAAAGAAGAUGUCAGAAGGGAUACCACUAAAUGAUGAGGACAGGAUUCCCUGGCUUUGUGAAUUGCAUGAUAUACUACGGAGAGAAGACUCAUGUAGACAAGAUGUAGUCCUGGCCUGCUCUGCACUGAAGAAGAUGUAUAGGCGUGUAUUAGCUAGUGGAGCAUCUGCAAUUGAAAGCAACCAGCCGGAGCAACCAGGAGAAAACGCAGCACUGAAGAUCCUCUUUGCUCAUUUGGAUGGGCCUAGAGACAUCAUUGCUGAACGCCUGGAGAAGAGGAAAGGACAUUUUUUGCCACCUGAACUUCUCAAGUCUCAGUUUGAUACUCUGGAGCCUCCCAGCGCACCAGAAAACUUUAUUACUGUCAGCCUAGAAAAAUCUCUCCCUGAAAUAGUGCUGGAGAUUGAGAAUGUGAUUUUUCAGGGUGAGGCUCUUCCGGACUAACUUUCUGAAUUACGGAUACAGAAAUACCCAUGAGGACGUCAAGGACACAGCGUUCGUGAGAUCCUCCUGUUUCCAAGAAAGGGCAGCUGGCAGUAGGUGGAUGAACACAGAAAGAUGUUGAACAUGCACCAAUGUUUUUCAGAAUGCUGAUCGGAUGGUAGUGCCGAGCAUCCACAUUUCUCUCUCAGAAGAGGAGGGAGUUUGCCUCCACCUUGCUCCCUCUCAGAGGGGGACAGAUACAGCCAAAAGAAUUGCAGAAGCUGCCCCUCUCAACAAACAGGUGGAAACCAAGAAGCCGUUACUUUCACUGGAGAGUGCUGGUGCAAUCCUCAGGAACAAAACUUCCUAUAGAUGCUUUCCCUCUAAACCUUUCCUGCUGGCUUUUUAUUUAGAAAAUGAAGACUGCGAGAUUCCUGAGCAGCUUUUUAUGAGCUCCACCUGAUGUUUGAUUUAUUUUCUCCAACACCCAACCAAGCUCGGGUACUUAGCUGGACAGAACUGUUGCAAUUUACUGUUUCUUAAACUUUUGCCACAGUACCACAUCGCCGAACUUCGCAAUUCUAAAUCCACAGGGGCUUGCAGGUUGGCUUUCUCCCCUCCACAGGGAUAGCCUCCUUGGUUUCUGCAGGCCUGUUCACAUGCAGCUGCAGUAAUGCACAAAUUGCUUAAAAGAAUACUGAACUUGCAUUUCACAGGGCGGGCUGUGGGCUCCACAAUUUGAGACAGUUCCAGAUACUGCGUUGUUGUUGCCAACUUACCCGGUUGAGUAAACUGUUAACUGCUAUUCUGAAAGACAACAGAAUAGUUGUCCUCUGUUUACUUCUGUUACUUCUGUUCACUUAUAUCCUGUGCAUCACAAGUUAAAAGAUUAAGAUGUCAGUCAUUCACAUGCUAACCACAUACAACUGGAUUUGAAUGUACACAUUUUAAGUCUUUUAAAUGACACCUGUCAGUUUUGUAGACAAUCCUGUCAGAUCAUUUGGUCCAAAGCAGAGGAAAAGAAGAGAAGAGGAAAAUAAAGAGACAAGCUUCAGGCACACAUGCCCUUCUUCUGGUCCAAAAUCAACAGUUUUCAAAUACAAGCUAUCGAAGUGGUCAGAGUUAACUAUACGGUUGCUCCUGAAAUAAGAGGUAGACGAUACUUCUGAAAAGAGAAUUUUAAACAAGGACAGGAAAAGGGGCAAUCGGGGGGGGGGGGG